UCGUGGCCCGUAUUUUACCUCGCAGUAAAAGAAUGUGGCGUGAUCCGAACGUAGUGGGGGUCGCCUUCCAGAAAAAACGAAAAAAAUCGAAAGGCGUUCAGAACUUUUCGAGAAGUCGAACCGUCAACACAUGUGGCGCUUGGCCAUGGAUCGCUGCAUUAGGUUUUCGUAAUCCCCGAAACCCAGACAAACCACUAUGGAAGUGCGGAGGUUCCCUGAUAUCGGCUAGGCAUGUUUUGACCGCAGCACAUUGUGCACAUAUGGAUGGAAUAGAAAACAUACACAAUCAUAAUAUUGUCAUUCUUAGAUUGGUGGAGGAGGUGCCAUUUUCGAGGUACGUAUAUCCCAUUUGUACGAAAGAGCAACUUCGUCGGCUAUAACCCCCUUGUUGCUGGAUCGGGAGCAUUAAGAUAUAGACGACCACGACGUAAUGCAUUAAUGGAAGUACAAAUGCCAGUGAUUAAGAACGCCGAAUGCAAAAUAGCUUAUUCCAAAUUUCCUAAUGCACCUGAUAUCACUGAUGGUAUAAUAUGCGCCGAACAUGCUCAGGGUGGAGAGGAUUCUU